CGGCUGAGGACCUGGCAGAGGCAAUUUAGGCCUCGCUGUGUUGGUCUGUGAGAUGCGUGCUCGUGCUCCGGCCGCGGCGGACAGGAGGGGAGCGGUGAUAUAGACUUGCCUCUGCUGUCGCUCACGAUGGCCAUGGAAACGCAUCUCGACUUGUUGGACCGGGUAUUGCACAAUUGCAGCCGCUACUGACAGCCGGCCGAGCAGUGUGGCGUCGGAGGCUCUGCCUGGAGAGCCGAGCGGGCAUCGUGCACAAGAAUUAUGAUGGAGGAGUGUGCACGUGCCGACGACCUGCGCACGACAUCAUCAACAUCGUCCUCGCCGGCUGCUGCUGCUGCUGCUGUGCCCUUCUUCCAGUCGCAUCUGCUCUGCGAUAACCGCGCCGUGCGCUGCAACACCCACCAACCGCAACAUUUCACAUGGCGACUGAUCACAUGCGAUGACCACGCUUUCUGGUCGGUCGACGCUGCCAGCAUGGAGGGCAUUCACGGCGUCGACGUGAGCUGGUUACAUCAUCCGCAAAAAUCGCCCAAAGCCACCGCCGACGCCCGCAAGGCCACGCCCGCUCCCUCCUCGACGCCGAACACCCCCGCACCACCCCGGGAGCAGCAGAACGGCCACAACCCACCGGCACCACGCAGUCCGCUGCAGCAAGCCGCCCCCGAUGGCGCCCGCUCUUCGUAUUUUCCCCGCGCCGUGACCACGCCCACGCCGCUCGAACCCGUGAAGGACACUACCGCAGCACAUCCCAGCACGCCCACAGCUGCGAGCACCCGCACCACGAGGCGGCCAGGCCUGCUGAGCCGUUCGAGUUCAGAGAAGCUGAGCAGCGAUGGGAAGACCAUGCCCCGGCGAACCUCUUGGCUAAACAAGAUUAGCAGCAAUUUCUCUUCCACACCCACCGCUUCCCCAACUACAGGAGGUGCUCAAGCCACUCCGCCCCCCUCGACUGCUGCUGUCGGUUCAGUACCCGCUGCAGCAGGUGCCGCAAACAACGUAAAUGGAGGGCCUACAGAGGGCGCCGAGCCACAUGUACCACUGCGUCCGAAGGAGUCGUCGUCCAACUUCUUUUCCAACCUUACCCGCAAGCUGUCUGCUGGCCAGAGCAAUGUCGCGCCUAAAGUCCAGGCCAAAGGUGGAAUGUGUGCACGGCGUGUGCUCAACAUCGAUCCCAACCGGGAGCGGUGUCUGCUAUCCGAAGUGGAUGUGAGCCGCUUGAGAAAAGUGUCAUUCUGCGUGGAUGUCGAGAUCGCCGGCGGCCCCAAGUAUCACGAUGAGGAGGAUGAGGAGGAAAAGAAGCAGCGAAAAAAAGACUUCAAGCUCAAGGAGCGAGCUGAGGGCGAAGCGCUCAAACACCCGCAGGCGCGUCGGGAGGACGUAGAUGAGAAGGCUGAUGCCGAGCUUAACAGCAAGAGUAAAGCCCUGCCAAUACCUUCGAAGCCAAACACAGAACACCCCGACCAUGCCGGGACGCCGUCUGUCGGGAGCGUCAGCCCGCCGAUCGGAAGCGUCGAUGAGAAGGAUGGCAUGACGAGAAAGAAAGAGAAGAAAAAGAGAUCAGAAGAGGAACGCAAGGAGCGUAAGGAGAAACGACGGCGACGCGCUGAGGAGAACGGCUCGAUACCUGUCGAGCUAUCAAUGGAUGCUGACGCAUCCUCGCCGCCUGGAAAACCACCGAUACCCACCACAACGACAGCUCCUCCCGUAGAUGCCAGCAGACAAGACCGGCCAACUACUGAUCCUGUCCGAAUAUAUAGACGAUGUUGUCAGCUCCGCGAGACGCCCAUCUUGAAGCGCAUUACUGAGCAAUUGAUGUCUCCAACUUGCUGCGUGCCGCACGAGCCUGGUGUGGUGCAUUGCCUCAACCUCACCGGCUCCCGGUUGCAGCUUGCUGACAUGGUAACGCUGGGAGACUGGCUUGCAGUGGUACCUGUGAAGAAAUUGCUAUUGGAAGAUGCUGAUCUCAGCGAUGAAGGGCUGCGCUGCAUCCUUGCUGGAUUACUAGCGGCUACAAAACCGCAACCCACGCGGCGGAAAAGCACUACGCCCAAACAUCGGCAGGGCGUGGAAGCUCGAUCGUACCAAGAACGAAGCGGUGUGGUUGAAAAGCUGACGCUCAAGAAUAACCCUCGGAUUACGCGGGUCGGGUGGAAGCAUAUCAGCCUAUUCCUCUAUAUGUGCAGAUCUAUCAAGGCAAUCGACAUGUCGAUGAUACGAUUUCCUGCAAGCAUACCUUCGAGUGCCCAUGAGACCCUCGACCAAGGCUCCCAACUUGCGACGGUGAGCCAGACAUCUGAUGCAGACACUGCAGAGAUACUGUACAAAUGUCUAAGUCAGCGUUUGGGUGGCGAUAAGCUCGAAGAGCUUAUUGUUUCCGAGUGUGGCUUGACUGCAUCGCAUAUCCGAAAAAUCGUGGAUGCUGCUAUCAUGUGUGGAAUCAACCGACUCGGAUUUGCAGGUAAUCACCUCGAUGACGAGGGAUUGCAGCACAUUCUUCACUGGCUGCGAUCAGGAGUAUGUGGGGGACUGGACCUCGGAGGAAAUGACCUGCGUGGCAAACUCGAUUCGAUUGCAGAAGCGCUGAGCGCGAGAGGCGGCACGCCUUGCUGGGGGCUGAGCUUCGCUGGAUGCAAUCUCGACAGUGCUUCUGUCAAAGUAUUGUUCCCAGCAUUGGUCAAGCUUCCGGACUUUCGAUUUAUUGACUUGAGCCACAAUCCUGAUCUCUGUGGCCAAGACAACGAAACAAUCUCACUGCUCCGGAGAUACAUUGGUCAACUCAAGUACCUGAAACGAAUUCACCUCGCAGAUGUGGGAAUGAGUCCAAAGCAAGCCAUUGCACUCGCAGACGUAUUGCCUGAGGGACCGCUGCUCGCUCACAUCAACAUAUUGGAGAACCCCGAGCUUUCAGCCUUGGCCAAUGCUAAAGAAGAGGGCGAUCAGGAGGAGGCUUGUGCGCUCUAUGCUAGUUACAUGGCCGCUGUACGAGUGUCUAACACCUUGAUCUGCAUCGACAUAGACGUACCUUCGCCUGAUAACAGCGAGGUCGUCAAAGCUCUUGCUAAACAGGUCGUGGCUUAUUCGCUACGCAACAUGGAGCAAUUUGCGAUCGCAGAGGCUACUGACACAUCGACCUUUGCGACUACCAACGCAAUGACUUCCAUGUCAGAACCUCAUGGCGGCGAGAAGCAAAUCAAGGAGGUCGCAGUUCCUGACGUCCUGAUGCAUCUCGUGGGCCAUGUGGAUGGCUACCCUGAGAACCAUGACAACGAUGAUCCAGCACCCGAUGGAGAUUACAUUGUCGGUGGGACAGGUGUUGUGAAAGCAUUGCAAUACGUGUUGGGAGAGAAGGCCAAUGAUCUUCGCCGAAGCAGCGUGCCAACAUCUUCCGGCAACAGACCCUCUCGGCCUGGGUCUUCUGCCGGACUGGUUGGGGAUGAAGAACAGCGUGGCAAAGCUAAGAAGAUGAGCAAGAACCUCUUGGAUAGUGCACGCAAGAUCCGUGCCCGACUUCAACCGGCACUCGCAAAGGAGGCAACAAGUGGCGACGAAAUGGCAUAUCGGCGACUCAGCUUCCUGGACCAAACUCUACAAAGCAUGAUCCAACGCUUCGAAGAAGAAUAUCCGGAAACACGCCUGGCGCCGCCUUCUCCCAAGGCGGCUUCGACAGCUUCCUCAGCUGAUCUGCCCGUAGUACCCGCGCUCCAAACGGCCGAUGCCGGUGAUAGAGUGAGUGACGACGACGAGGAGCCCGAUUACGACGAAGCUGCGACCUUUCGCCCGGCAGUCUCCCGCCACAGUAGCGAUGUCUCACUGGCCGCGCGUGCACUGGGUAUGGAAGAGGGUCAUUUGCACCGACUUGGGCAGCGCAUGCGUCGCGAAGUCGUUGAUUCACCAGUAACCUCGGCCGUGGAGGACAAUAUCGACAUACGAUGGAGCAAAGAAGAGGAAGUCGCGCGCCUCAACGCUCUACGAGUCCAGCUAGAGGGCAUCAGUGGGCCAGAACUGAAGUCUCUUGUUGAGCAUGACGGCUGGGACUCUGCACUGCGGAAAGUCGGCGCUAACAUGAAUGAUUUGCGGACGAUCCAGGAGCAGGAUCCGAAGGGUUGGGAGGAUUUCAAGGAAGCACAAUUGAAGGCGAGGAUGAACGUAGCUCAAGACAGCAGAAGCUAGUCGCGGGCCGUGGUACAGCACCGCGAUGAUCAGAGAGUAUUUUUUCACGUCAAAGCUGGGCAUUGGGUCCAUGUAGAUGUACCAUUUCUAUACGCCGGAACGAGCAAUGAUGUACGAACUUAAGUAGACAAUGGUGGAUGAGCACAGAUGCAUGAGACAAGUGGGA